ACAGCUGCUCCCGCACACGGCUCGCGGUCUCGGCGCCGCGGAGAUGCCCGGCCAGGGUCCAGGGUCCGACUGGACGGAGCGUAGCUCUUCUGCAGAGCCGCCCGCAGUGGCCGGGACCGAGGGUGGCGGCGGCGGAUCAGCUGGAUACUCUUGUUACCAGAAUUCCAAAGGUUCUGAUAGAAUCAAAGAUGGAUACAAAGUGAACUCACACAUAGCUAAGCUGCAAGAGUUAUGGAAAACUCCCCAAAAUCAAACAAUCCACCUCCCUAAAUCAAUGAUGGAGGCGUCCUUUUUCAAGCAUCCAGACCUCACCACAGGCCAGAAGCGUUACCUGUGCAGCAUUGCUAAAAUCUAUAAUGCAAACUAUCUGAAGAUGUUAAUGAAGAGGCAGUACAUGCACGUACUUCAGCACAGCUCACAAAAGCCAGGUGUCCUCACUCAUCACAGAAGCCGCCUUAGCUCCCGUUACUCACAGAAACAGCAUUACCCUUGCACUACAUGGCGACAUCAACUGGAGAGAGAGGACUCGGGGUCUUCUGAUAUCGCAGCUGCAUCUGCACCUGAAAUGCUCAUACAGCAUUCCCUUUGGCGGCCAGUGAGAAACAAAGAAGGGAUAAAAACUGGAUAUGCAUCUAAAACAAGAUGUAAGUCACUGAAGAUUUUUAGAAGACCAAGGAAACUGUUCAUGCAAACAGUUUCUUCAGAUGAUUCUGAAUCAUACAUGAGUGAAGAAAAAAAGGAAGAAGAUUUACUAAAUAAGUUUAUGCAAUCAAUGUCAAUUGAAGAACAGGGAGAACAUCUGAUGUUAACUUGACAGUCUUGUCUCGUGUAUUGAAUUCGUGCCAAAGGUGAGGGUAAGGGGUUGUGAGUUGUGUCCUGUAUGUUUAGGAUGGUACUGUUAUUUAUUAAAUCAUUAAGUAAUUUUGGUUUGUUCAGAAACUUAAAACAAUGUAAUUGGUCUGAUGUAGUUCCAUGUACCAAUGACAGUUAUGUACGAAAAUUUACAUGUAACAUAUACUUGUACUUCUAGCUAGAUACAAUUAAAACUUUUCUUGCAUUCAA